AUGAUCCCCCCCAAACUCUCCACGCUCGUCUUUGCGCUCGUGCUCUCGAGCCUUGAUGUCCAAGCAGCCAGCAUUACUCCUUCUCCGGAUUACGCUUCCCUCUGUGGCCCCGACGCCGAUCCUGACGUCGGUGCAAUUUGUUUCGACCUCACCUACGACAUUCGAGAGCACAUUCGAGGCAGAUCGUUUACCUUCGUCGGCGCCCUCGACCAAGACAAUAGCAACCAUCUCGCUAUCAAAGUGCCAUCGCAGGUGUGGUUCACCACGCUCCAGCAUCGCGUCGUCCUUGACCCCAUAAAUCAGAGAUCCGUCCGCUGUGUCAAGUACACGAUUACUUCCUUCGAGGACGGCGAAACGCACCGGAAGGGACUCUACUGCCCGGGGAAGCCUCAUGUCUCUGUGUAA